CACGGCCAGGCGGUAAACAUUGCACAGUACGAUUGGCCGUGUCCUGAGGCGGGUCCUUUGGUUUUCAAGUUUGAGUUUUUUGUCGGCGUUCAACUGUGAGAAGUGACAAACGUAUGCGACAUGCAUUAACGGAGACUCGUGCACGCGUUUCUGUUCGUUUCGACAAAUUUUUUCUGUUAUCCUGUUGAUUUGUGAUCGAUCAUAGAACGAUGAGAAGAAACGUGGUGUGUAUCGACUGCGCGAGGGUGUAAGAAGAACGGCACAGAUUUGUAACUCGAUAACGAAGAAUGGUUGGUUAUUAUCAAGUCGAGCCAUUUUCAAGUACAAGAACGAUGUCAAUUAUCAACGAAACGGUAAACUUGGAGCCUGUGAAUCCAGUGAAGAGUUUAGUUUGUAGUCCGGACUUGACCGUGUACGCGACCCCGACUUGCGGGACCGACACUCUGUCGGUAAAUAUCGAGGAGAAACCGUACCAGUGUCUCCUCUGUCAGAAAACCUUCGAGCAGAAGAACUUGUAUCAGAGCCACCUACGCUCGCAUGGUAAGGAAGGCGAGGACCCGUACCGAUGCAACAUUUGCGGGAAAACUUUCGCGGUGCCCGCGCGGCUAACCAGACAUUAUCGGACGCAUACGGGCGAGAAGCCGUAUCAGUGUGAAUAUUGUAGUAAAUCGUUUUCGGUGAAGGAGAACUUGAGCGUGCAUCGUCGUAUUCACACGAAGGAACGACCGUACAAGUGCGACGUGUGCGAGCGCGCGUUCGAACACAGUGGGAAAUUGCACCGGCACAUGCGAAUUCAUACCGGUGAACGGCCGCACAAGUGUACAGUGUGCUCGAAAACGUUUAUCCAGAGUGGACAAUUGGUCAUUCAUAUGCGCACUCACACCGGCGAGAAACCGUACGUAUGCAAGGCUUGCGGCAAAGGGUUCACAUGCUCGAAACAGUUGAAAGUUCAUACUCGCACGCAUACCGGGGAGAAACCGUACACCUGCGACAUCUGUGGAAAAUCUUUUGGUUACAAUCACGUAUUAAAGUUACAUCAGGUUGCACACUACGGCGAGAAGGUCUACAAAUGCACGCUUUGUCACGAAACCUUCGGUUCGAAGAAGACGAUGGAGAUGCACAUAAAGACGCACUCAGACUCGUCUGUCAGUGGUUCUCCUCGGGACUCGCCGAUCGAACCAGAGGUAGAAAUCUCACAGGGGUACAGCGUAGGCACUGCCAGCGACAAGGAGAACCAAAAGACUGACGAGCCAAGCGACGAAGCUACCGCCGCGUAUAACGCACCGCGGGAUUUCACCUACUACAUGUAUUCCAGAGAGCAAUAUUCUCAGCAACCACUCACGGCGCCGAGCGAAGAGAAAGCUUUCCAGACGACGCCCGUCGUCCCCAUCGAGCAGUGUCACACGUUCAUGUACCAAGAAGUCUCUCCGACGUACAAUACCUUCGGGAUUCCGAGCAACGAUUUCGUCAGCGAUUGUUCUUCUCUACUAAAUCUGCCUGGAAAUGACGCUCGCAGGCGGGUAGAAGCUGCCCUCGAAGCGGUCGAAGAGGAAAGACAGAGGGAGUACGGAAUUAGGGUUGAACGGGAACCGAUGCUGACACCGCCGAGCAGUAAUCCUGUCAGCCCGGUACCGUCGCCGGAUCCUCUCGACUUGGCUAUUCCUGUGCGAGAGACGUUAAUUCUUCCGCCGAGGAAGAGGUGUAAAAUGAUUCUAGAAUCGAUGGAGAGCGAGAGGAUCGGAUUCAUUGCCUCCCAGAGACAGAACUCUGUUAUUCAGUUCGCCAAGGCUUCAUAGUGGAAGAUUUCGAACUCGUUUACGGUGAACUGGUGAUAAGUUCGCGUACGGUAAGACGAAACUCCCCUCGACCGCGCAGGCGGUCAUCAUCUUUCCAUAGGUACCUCACCCAGACUCGACCUUUGUCAUCAUUGUCCAUAGCUUCCCGAGCUGCCCAACACAAUGUCGAAGCAUAGGCGAUUGAUGCUCGCUGGACAUCCAGAUGCACUAUAGGCUCUGCUUGCCUUCGUAAAGAGACGUGUAGCUAGGUCGAGAAGAAUUCAGAUAUUCUCACAAUCACGGACGAGGUUGUUUCGCCGAGUUUCCCGAGCUUGAGUUGAACUUCUUGCAAGAAUCAUGCUGAUCAAUGAAAAUCUACUAAACAAAGACUGAACCGAAAGAAAAGUAAUAAUAUUUUCCGAUUUUGCAAGGGCAGGAUCCCUUCUAAAAUAUCAUUGCAGGAUUAAAAAACAACUCUUCGAUGUUCUUUGCUUGAGCCGAGAUACUUUGUCGGUAGAUAUUUGAUUUCUUUCGCUCGAUUGGUUUUAAUUUAUUGGCAAUUCAUUGUUACAAAUUUGGUUUUCCUGACAAAUUCGUAUCGAUAGAACGAUGCGCAAUAAAGCAUAAUUCAAGAACAUGCAAGUGAAACAGAUUGAACGUCGCCGCGCACAUUAAGCUCACCAGCUAAUUUAACAUUACUUAGCGAUGCGAAGCAGCAAACCAAUUGCAAAAUUCCUCGAUUUUUUGGAUAGUAACCGAGAAAUGAUUUCUCAAUGUCUCGGGAACUAGCGGUAACUUUAAGAUAAGCAAAAGUCGAAAGACGAACAAGUUCAAGGAUCGCGUAAUCUUUUUGCUAACGAAAGUGUCGAAUGUCCUUGGAUUUUAGUCGCGGAAGAAAGACACUAGAAACAUUCGCUUUGCUUUGCUUUCUUCGAUAUUUAGCUGGCGUGCUCUGCGUCAUAUUUUUUCUUGUAUCUCACGUAAUGUGUACGUGUUCCCGGAUAUUUGUGUGUGUGAAUGCGUACUUGCGUGUAUAUAUAUAUACAUAUAUAUGUUAAGUUGCAGCGGACUAGCGUAAAAGUAAUGAACAACGUGAAGGCCUUGGAACGAACAUGUAUAGUCGAAACUAGUUCUCGUUCGAUGAAAUACGAGAAAUCUUUUCCUUUUUCUCUGGUUUUUUAAGACGGUACUUUAUUGUAGUAAAGCAUAUAAAGUACACGAUUCGUUUUAAAACAUCGCUAAAAUGUUCAAGAAAUAGCUCAAAGCAGAGUAACCGCGCCCAUAAAUAAACCAUGGUCUUUUGUUCAUUUUCUUAUAUGUUAUAGAGGAGAUUUUUAAAAAACUGAUACGGCCAUAGGUGUUGAUUAGUUCGAAGGCUACGUAACUUGUACCGAAAACAACAAGUUGUUUUAAUUGUUAAAAUUUGAACGUAGUACGUGUUUUGUGUAUCGUGAAAUUUUCCAUAAUUUGAUCGUGAUCAAGUAAUCGAAUGUUCGUGUAAUAAAUAUUCCAAUCUUGCCAAAAAAACUACAAAAGAGACUGAUACCAGUCUGACAAACACAUUUGUUCGAGCGUGACAAGCUUCCCAAUGAUACAUUGUUUAAUAUUAUCGUGUGUAGGUCCUAUAAUAGAUCGAAGUGAUAUUAAAACACGUAAUUGCUCAAUUUCGUCGUUGUUAGACACAUAUUGUUUUCGGUAGAUACUUUUCAAUUGGUUCAAGACGAUUUUCCACAAAUUAUUUUUCUCCCUGGAGUUUUACUUUCGUUCGUUUCGAACAUCUAAUAUGGCGAAAUUCGAAUUUAUUCACGUCAUAGAAACUGUCGAUGUACGGGUGAACGAUUGGCAAUCAACGUCUCUGUUCGAACAAUAAUACAGUUUGUUAACCGAUGCUUUGCAAGGAAAGCCUUAAUACUGAUCGCAAGGAAGGUCUAGCAAACGAUCGAACUUUGUCCGCUUUAUGAAACUUUCGAUAUCUAUAGAUUUCUAUAGAAAGGAUGAAUAACGACGACUGCAUCAGUAACACAAUAAGUUGUUUGAAGUACAAACGCAUUGAGUCGAUACAGACGAAUCCGUCGCUCAAUGAGCUUGGAAAGGUAAAAA